UGGCACAGCGAGCCACCUCUAUCCCUUCCAGCUCCGCUUCCUCGCCUCCUUUUCCAGGCCCCGCUAGACCAGGCAACCCACCCGGCGCGCACGAGAUUCCCAGGCAUGGCAGAUCCCCCUGAGGAGACGCCGCCCGUGACGCUGCAAAUCAACCGGCCAAGUGUCCGGCAGCACAUCGAAGACCAGCCCGAGGAGCUACGAGACGCCUCCUCCUGUCUAGUGGUGGACGCAGCCGGCAAGAAGAUUCCUUUCGGGGCCCUCUAUCAGCAGCAAAAAACUAUCGUGGUGUUCGUGCGGCAUUUCUUGUGUUACGCUUGUAAGGAAUAUGUGGAGGACCUGGGUAAAAUUCCCAAGGAAUUUUUACAAGAUGCAAAUGUAAGACUUGUAGUUAUUGGGCAAUCAUCACACCACCAUAUUAAGCCAUUUUGUAAUUUGACAGGUUAUCCCCAUGAAAUGUUCGUUGAUCCUGAAAGGGAGAUUUAUAGGGCACUUGGCAUGAAAAGAGGGGAAGAAUCCAUCAUAUCAGCACACAGUCCUCAUGUCAAAUCUAACCUGCUAUCAGGAAGCAUUAAGAGCAUGUGGAGAGCACUGGCUAGCCCUGCAUUUGAUUUCCAAGGAGAUCCAGCUCAGCAGGGAGGAACUUUGAUUUUAGGUCCAGGUAAUGAAAUCCACUUCGUGCACCUUGACAGGAAUAGGUUGGAUCAUGCUCACAUUAAUGCAGUUUUGGAGCUUGCGGGAGUUCAAACAGUAGACUUUACAAACAGAUCUCAUACUAUUGAUGUGUGACUUGUCAGAACAAGAAUUACCCAGAUGGCCAGAUAAACUUGAUAUACAUCAAUAACGUCUGUUCAUCAGAGAUGUAUGUACCGUUACAUCACAAAGUGGAAAAUCCCUAGUUGUUAAGUAAGGUGGUUUCCAGUGAAGAAAGACUUUGCAUUUGUGCAUUCAAGGAAGUAACAUAGAAUAGCUAAUUGUAUGUUCAAGCCUGCUGGACCAAAAAUGCUUUAUAUGUUGCAUUAACUGUUUCCAAAAAUUUUCUAUCUAAAACAGGAUCACACAAGCAAUAUGAGAUUGUAUGUUACAGCCUAUUUCCAGUAUUCUCUCUCUUUGUCAUGCUUUUAAUAUAUAUAAUUCUGAACAUGGCCAAAUCUGUGGAUACUUAAAUUCAGAAAUUAGAGCUAAGGACAGACAACAAAAACCUUUCUACAGACCUGGAAAAAGCCCCACGGUUGCAUGAAAAAAACCUGACUGGGAUCUGAGAGACCUGGGUUCAAAUUCCCACUCUGUUGUGGAAGCUCACUCACUGGGUGACCGUGGGCCAGUCAUACUCUCUCAACCUAACAUACUUCACAGAGUGGUGGUGGUUGAGAGGGUAAAACAGAUGAGAUGAAAACAACGUGAGCCAUUUUGGGUCCCCAUUGGGGAGAAAGAUGGGGCAUAAAUGAAGUAAAUAAAUGAUAAAUAUAGAUUAAAAAUGGGGGCAGAUAAAAGCUAGGUUGGUUGAUGAGUGGGAAGGAGAGAAGGAAGCAGGGAAAAGUGAGGAUUCAGUGGUUGUCAGGAGGAGAGAAAGCACAAAUAGUGCAGUGAGGGGGACACGAGAAGUGAGGUCCCCUCCGCAAGACUUUGCUAGUUCUUGUACACAUGGCCCCAGUCUGGUGGCCAACAACACAUACCUCAGUCAGCUUUUCCAAGUGGAGGCUUCCAGGGGAGGGAAAACUGAAGAAAGGUAGAUUGGCUUGUUGGGUGGAAAGGAAAGAAGGAAGCAGGAAAGGGACAGGUUAUGGAAGCUUUCAGGGAAGGAAAAGAGAAAAUAAUGGGUGAACAGAAAUGAGAUUCCCCUUUGCAAGUCCUUGCAGGUCCACUGCUUGUAUAUUUAUAUUAUACAAGUGGGGACCUGCAAGGAUUUACAGUGAGCAUUUUCCUGCUUCCUUUUCUCCUUCUAACUCACCUUUGUCUACUCUCCUGUCUUCACCUUUUCCUCUCUCCUCCUGCCCUGCUGCCUCUUCCCUAUGGCCAAGUUGUGCGGUGGCAGGUGAACUAGGGAACCUGCAAGGACUUGCAGUGGGGUGGGAGCAGGGCUCAUUUCAAGGGGGAACACACCGGAACACUGUUCCGGUACUUCCCCCAAGUCAAGUGGCCCUGCCCACCUGACUUCAAAACAUUUUGGGCUGUUUAGGCCUCAAUUGGGGCCAAAACAGCUGGGAUCGGGUCGGUGCCAGGUAAGGGGAGCCUGGACCAGAUCACUGCAGGGCAGUGGCCAUUUUUGGCCAUUUUGAGCCCAUUUUGGCCCAGAUCGGGGCCGAAAUGACCUGGAUCAGGUCAAUGCUGGGCAGGGGAAGCCUCUUCUUCCCGGCACAGACCCAGUCCCCAUCGUUUCAGCCCCAAUCCUGGCUGAAACGGGUCAAAAUGGCCAUUUUGGGCCCGGAUUGGGGCCAAAGGGUCCCGGAUCAGAUCUGUGCUGGGUAGGGGAGGCCACCCCCUCCCAGUCCCGGCC